AUGAGUUACAAUAGACCACCUAUGCCACCACAUGGUCAUACAGCGAAUAAUGAUAACCAGGCCAGUCAUAACACAAUUACGAAUGAUGUUCCUCCACCAUAUAGUGAACAUGAUACACUGAAAUUACCUCCACCCUUACCUUCAAGGCCAUUAAGUCCAAAUUACUCUGGAAACGAAAACACGCCGCCUUUACCCUCGAGACCAGGAAGCUCUACGUCUGAUUCACAAUUUGCACCAGCUUUGCCUACACGACCUCCCAGUAGCAAUAGUAACGAAUCAAGGGAUAAUUACUCUGGAAGCAACAGACGUCGUCAGAUGCCGCCUCCUAUCCCUGCUAGAUCACCUAACAAUUCGAGCUAUUCACUUAGUUAUAACGAGACAUCUUCUACAAAAAGAACUCAACCUUCUAUUCCAUCAAGAAACUAUGAAACCAGUGGAUUCACAAAAUGUGUAUCUUCCAGUAAUCAAGAUAAUACAAUUGAUACAUCUGUAAGCACGCGGAUGGAACAGAUGACGUUAGGUGAUACCAAUCUACCAAAGACAAUGAUAGACUUUAGUACUCCAAUAAGCACGAUGGCUCCACCAUCAGAUAUAUUCAACUUUAAGGAGCAUCCAAUACCAUUACCAGUUAAUUAUUGCAAAACUACAGAAAUUCCGACUGUUGAGACAAAUAAGUUCUAUGGAAAUAUGUUUUUGGGCCAACAGAGAUGCCCAAUUUGGACACAUCCUUAUUCCUUAUGGUUAACCAAAGAAUUACCAUUUAUUGGGAUUGCGACGACACACAUUCGUGAAGAGCAGCGUGUUUUUGAUGAUAAAAAUGAUCCACCGCAGUUCUUCUUUUCUCCAACCAACAUAAAGACAUUUGUGUUCAGUUCUAUUGAGUUUACCAAUGCUACACCCGAUCAAACCUCAUUGAAUUUUUCUAAUGUGAAACAUAUGUCUGUUCAGCUUCAAUUGAAACUUAAUGACACACAAUUUGUUUGGUUCCCAAUUGUUCAAGGUAUGGGUUUUGUUACCGCAAUUUAUUAUAACCUUACUCCAUCCUUGCAAAGUGCAGUCGGAUAUAGAUCUAUCGAUAUAAUAUGGAGCAAAAAUCAAGUUACUAAAUACCAUAUAAGAUUAGAAAAUGAUGUUGUUUGGACAUUGUAUGUGACUUCUCAAGAACCAGUAACCAUAUCUGUGGUGGAAAGGAACAAAAUUUUGGCAGAUAGGAAAGUCAACGGGUGUAUUUUCCAAUUAGUUGCAGAUACAAAUGAUAAGAUAGAUUUAGCAGCAAGUUGUUACCAAGUCGAUGCAGAGUUGAAGGCUUCUAUUUUAGAUGAUGAUCCAAGCAGAGCCCACUAUAGUUUCAAUUAUGAGACGAAUGGUAUUUCCUCUUCAGGGAAACCACUCUUGUAUGCUUUACCCCAUCAUUUCGAUUAUUUGACGCCAGAAACAUUAAAUACGAGCAUCAAUUCUCAGUUGGCAUCUACCGUUUAUGGUAGAAUGUCAGGGCUUGUUACAGAUAAUAUCGAAAUGGAGAUCGUAAUUCCAAAUGAAGUGCAAUUUGAACCCUUUUCCACAAUCCCAAAUAGAACUAAAAGGUAUAGUAAUGAGGUAUUGGAUGCUAUGAGUAAUGCAGCAAGGAAGGAAACUCAGGGAGAUGUCAUUAAUGAGUCAAACCUAGAUUCGAUGUAUUUCUCUGGGAAAGUCCUUGCCAAAUAUGCAUGGAUUUUAUAUUGCUGUCAUUUCAUCCUUAAGGAUAAAGGGUUAGUUUCUAAUUUAUUAGAUCAGCUGAAAGGUGCCCUUCAACGUUUUAUCGACAACAAACAGAUUCUACCAUUAGUUUAUGAUAUCACCUGGGGUGGUCUAAUAUCAUCCGGGAAUGAAUCCCAGGAUUUUGGGAACCCAUACUAUAACGAUCAUCAUUUUCAUUACAGUUACCAUGUUAUUGCGGCAGCUAUUGUUGCCAAGGUUGAUGAGGAAGUUUCUGGAACACAUCAAUGGUUGGAAAGAAAUAGAGAAUGGGUUGAACUCUUAAUAAGAGAUUAUGCAAAUCCGUCAGUAAAUGAUCCAUACUUCCCUGUUUUUAGAUCAUUUGAUUGGUAUAACGGUCAUUCCUGGGCAAAAGGUUUAUUUGAGAGUGGUGAUGGAAAGGAUGAAGAGUCUAGUUCUGAAGAUGUAAAUGCAUCAUAUGCCCUCAAACUAUGGGGGCUUACAACACACAACCAAAAUUUAAUUAACAUCGCAGAUAUUCAAUUAGGAAUAUUAAAAACAAGCUUAAACAAGUACUUUUUAUACCAAGAUAAUAACACUGUCGAACCUUUAGAUUUCAUUCGUAACAAAGUCAGCGGUAUCUUAUUUGAAAAUAAGAUUGACCAUACAACAUAUUUUGGGAAUAAGAUAGAAUAUAUUCAAAUGAUCCAUAGUAUACCCAUCAUUCCUCCUUCAUCGUUUAUAAGAUCUCCGGUAUUUGUCAGAGAAGAAUGGGAACAAAUUUUAAAAAAGGUGGUGGAUAAUGUAAAUGAUGGAUGGAAAGGUAUAAUUAUGUUAAAUGUCGCUCUAUUCGAUCCUGAUUUAUCAUACAGGUUUUUUUCUGAACCAAAUUUUAAUGUUGGGUUUUUGGAUAACGGUCAAAGUUUGACAUGGUCAUUGGCAUUCUGUGGGGCUUAUACGUAA